GUAAAUGCCCUCCAUCUAUCGGAGUUAAUACCAACAAAUACCACCCUUUCCAACACAUUGUCGCCUUCUUCCUCUCUGCGAUCCUCCGGAUUCGUCUCAGGAAAAGGAAAGUGCGUUUACUGGAUUGAAUCGAUCUUAUCGAGGAACCAUGGGAGGACAUGGAGGAGAGGGCGCUCAUGGCGAUUUCAGGAGCAAAGUCUGGAGCAUGCCCGGUGGGGCUUACUGUAGGCCGAAGCAUUGGCGUCGUAACACUGCCAUUGCUAUGUUCGGCGUAUUCCUCGUCUGCAUCCCUAUCGCCAUGAAGUCUGCUGAGCUCGAGCAACGGCCACACAUGCCAGUGCGCCCAAUUCCUUCACAGCUCUGGUGCAAGAACUUUGGAACCAAGGAUGACUACGAGAAGGAGCACUAAUAAGCUUUCACUUUGUGUGGUGUGGUCUCUUGACUUGCAGACGAUGUGAGCAAACCCUUCUAGAUCUGCCUCUUUUUUUUCGUUUUUUGAUACCGGAAUAUUCGCAAUAAUAUGCAAAAACACAUGGGGAUAUCUGCAGGUUAAGAUAUUUCUUAUAUCAUCUUUGAGGCCCAUUUGGGUUAAUUCCCCUGUUA